AUGAGACCAAAACAACACAUCACUACUGCUAUUGAAAAACAAUCUGAGCAAGCUAAAAAGAAUUAUCAAAUUCACUUGACAGCAAUAAUUGAUUGUAUUAGAUUUCUUUUGCGACAAAGAUUGGCCUUUCGUGGUAAUGAUAAGACAAAUGAUUCUGUUAACCAAGGAAAUUUUUUGGACCUUCUAAGCUUUCUUGCACAACAUAAUGAAGAGAUUGGUUGUACUUUCAAAAAUGCUCGUGGGAAUCUUAAACUAAUAGCACCCUCAAUCCAAAAAGACAUUGUAAGAGCUGCUGCAAGGAAAACGACAAAAGUUAUUGUAGAUGAUCUUGGAGAUGAAUUAUUUGCUGUAUUGGUUGAUGAAGCCCACGACAUUUCUAUUAAGGAGCAAAUGUCAGUUUGCUUAAGAUAUGUGAACAAAGAAGGACAAGUUAAGGAGCAUUUUCUUGAUCUUGUUCAUAUUUCUAAUACUAAUGCUUUAUCUCUAAAGUUAGCAUUGGAGUCAUUAUUAGAAACAUAUAAUUUAAGUUUAUCAAGAGUACGUGGACAAGGAUAUGAUGGUUUAAGUAACAUGCAAGGAGAAUUUAAUGCUUUGUGUAAACGAAGAGAUAUGCUUCGUGAUAGUCAGAUGACUAAGACAAUUGAAGCACUAAAAAGUGGAGAAAUUUUUAGUAAGCGUGGUUUGAAUCAAGAAACAGCUUUAAAAAGAGCUGGAGACACUAGAUGUGUUUCACACUAUGAAACUAUACUUAGAUUAAUUUCUUUAUUUUCUUCUAUGGUUAAUGUUCUUGAAUAUGUUGAGGAAGAUGGAAAUAAUUCAGAACAAAGAGGUGAAGCAUGUCAUUUAUUGAAUGUCAUUCAAUCCUUUGAAUUCAUUUUCAACUUGCACUUGAUGAAAAAUAUCUUGGGAGUUACUAUUGAGUUAUCUCAAGCAUUACAAAGGAAUGAUCAAGACAUUGUAAAUUAUAUGGCAUUAGUCAAAGUGUCUAAGCAACGGUUGCAAAAUAUAAGAGAUGAUGGCUGGCCUCUUUUACUUGACAAAGUCUCACUGUUUUGUGACAAACAUGAUAUUACUGUUUCAAUCAUGGAUGAUAUAUUUGUGUCACAAGGAAUAUCAAGACGCAAAACUCAAAAGAUAUCAAAUUUGCAUCAUUUUCAAGUUGAGAUAUUCUAUCAAGUAGUUGAUAGACAACUUCAAGAACUCAAUAAUCAUUUUACAGAGAUGAAUACUGAAUUGUUUCUUUGCAUAGCUUGUUUGAAUCUAAGACACUCAUUUUUUGCAUUUGAUAAGGAGAAGUUGAUCCAGUUAGCUCAAUUCUAUCCAUUAGAAUUUUCUUCCACUCAACUUUUGGCACUUGACAGUCAACUUGAGAACUUCAUACUAGAUGUGCGUUUUGAUGAUCAAUUCUCAAACUUAAAUGGAAUUGGUGUUCUUUCUCAGAAGUUGGUUGAGACUCGAAAAAAUAUUGUUUAUCCAUUAGUGUUUCUUCUUUUGAAGUUAGUUUUAGUUUUGCCCGUAGCAACUGCAUCAGUUGAAAAAACUUUUUCUACUAUGAACAUCAUAAAGAGUCGACUUCGUAACCAUAUGUGA